AUGAUGCAGCACGCCAUGGAUCCCUGGGCCUUUGCUCGCCCUCCGCCACCCGGCUUCGGAUUCUCCUUCGCUCGGCAGCCCGUCGCCGACUUGCCCGCCCGUCUUCGACCUCCGCCCCCUGUCUUCGUAUUCUCCUGCGCUGGGAAGCCCGUCGUCGACUUGCUCGCCGCCCGUCUUCGAACCCCGCCCCCCAGCAUCGGAUUCUUCUGCGAUCAGCUGCCCGUCGACGACGUGCCCGCCCGUGUCUUACCUCCGCCUCCCGGCUUCUCCCGUCUUUGCAACAAGGUGCUCCCGCCAUCGCCCCGCGAGAUCCCCGUGCCGCCGAAGUUCUCAAAGCGCGCGGCACCGCCGGUAUCCACAACCGUCUCCGACAAGCCCUCCGCGAAGCGCCAGCGGCUGUGCUCCGACUACGAAGACGACAUCGAAGCCAACCUCCGGCGGACGGAACGGAGCCCCGAGGAGCGGCCGCGGCCGGACUACAUGAAGACGGUGCAGCAGGGCCGGGUGAGCCCGUCGGACCGCGCCCGCCUCGUCGGAUGGAUGGACGCGUUCGUCCGGCACCACGACCUCGUCGACGGCACGCUCCACCACGCCGUCGCCUACGUCGACCGGGUCCUAUCCGUGCGAGCCAUGAACACGCAUACCGACUACGAGCUCCGCCUCCUGGGUGCCGCGGCCGUCUUCGUGGCCGCCAAGUACGAUGACGGCUGGCGCACCAUGCCGAAGCUGGACCCCGACAAGAUCGUCAGCUACGGCAAGUUUGCCUCGAGAAAGGAAGUGCUCGAUAUGGAGCGCCACAUGGUGGCGGCGCUCGGGUACCAGCUGGGCGGCCCCACGGCGCACACCUUCGUCAGCCGCUUCAGCAAGCACGCACAAGAAGGAGAGGAGGACCUGAAGAAGAUCCAGCGCAUGGCGCAUCACCUCGCGGACGAGUCGCUGCGAAACUACGCGUGCCUCGGCUACCUGCCGUCCGUCGUGGCGUCGUCUGCAAUCUUGCUGGCGAGGUUUGCGCUGAACCCGCCGGACGUACCGGCGUGGAGCACGGAGAUGCAGGAGCUCACGGGGUACAACGUCAUGAACUUGGCCGGAUGCCUGCAUGCUAUGCACAGCUUCUCCCAGUCGCUGUUAUGUGACACCCAUUGCUGA